AGCGAUCAGCCAAGUGGCAAUUUCCUGCCCUUAAAAGCGACCUGUGCCGGGGCGAGGCAGCAUUCCUCGUCUUUCGACCAUGAAGUUUGCUGUGGCGCUCCUCGUGCUGGUGGCAGCCAGCCUCGCCUCCUGCGGGCGGCUGGCCCUCGAACCCAGGAAGGCGACCCGAGACGGCACCGACAAGCUCCCGAAGGCCGCUUUCCGCCAAGACCACUCCACGGCGUCCUCGUUCGAAGGAGACUACUGGACCAGCGCUUCCUCCGCCUCCGGAAGCCCCCCUUCCCCACAGGCUACCACGACCAAACCCCCUGUUGUGAACCCGACAGCCAACCCACCAACGUCUGGGGGAUGCCAGUGCGGGGUUGCCAACCCAAUGCGCAUCGUGGGCGGGACAGAAGUCCAACCCGCCCACAAGUACCCGUGGCAAAUAGGUCUCAAAAAUAGGGGAGGAACCUCCUACUGGUGCGGCGGCGCUGUCAUCAACGACCGCUACAUCCUGACCGCCGCCCACUGCUUUUUUGACUCCAACGGCAACCAGGAGCCUGCCGAGGACCUCGUGGUGGGCGUGGGUGACCACCUCAUGAGCUCCACGUCCGACGACGUGGCGGCGACGAAGACGAUCGGCGUGGCGGAGGUCAUCCUCCACCCCUCCUACGACUCGGACGACUUUGAUAAUGACGUCGCGCUCGUCAAACUGUCCGAAGUCCUGGCCUUCUCGGCGGAGGUGCGCCCCGUCUGCCUCCCAGAGGACGACAGCAAAACCUACGCGGGCGCAGCUGGCAUUGCCUCCGGCUGGGGCACGCUGUCCUCGGGGGGAAACCAGCCCAAUCAGCUGAUGGAGGUGACCUUGCCCAUCCUGGAGCCCAGCUGCUGGGGCCAGACGGUGACCGACCGGAUGCUGUGUGCGGGAUACGCGGAGGGCGGCAAGGACACCUGCCAGGGCGACUCCGGAGGACCUCUGUGUGUGGUGGAGGGCGACAGGUAUUAUGAGGUCGGCGUGACGUCCCACGGCAGCGGCUGUGCUGACGCCAACAGCCCCGGAGUGUACUCCAGGGUCAGCAAGUUCCUCUCCUGGAUCAAGGCCAACACCGCCGACGCCACCUACUGCUAAGCCUCCGCCGGGCCCUUGAGGCCGACCCUGUAUCCGGCCUCGAAUAAAAUUUCAGUCGCAUCCAUAU